CGUUCUUCAUAAGACUUCCUUUACGUUCCGGGUUUGUGCCUGCCUAGUGUUCGCUGCUAGGCCUCAAAGGCGACCUGCGCCUUCUCUGCAAGAGCACCCAAAUCCUACCGAUGGUCCAGGUAUAAGACGUUGCAUGAUGCAGCUUUGUCCGUAUCAUGCGACGGUCUCAUUGCAUCUCCUCACAACAUUCUGUUCAGUGUGAGGAACAGUUACAGGCGUAUUUAUUGCCUGGGCAUUUUUUUGGUGUUCGCUCAGCCUGAUUCUCGAACUUGAGCGCUGACAUGAUCUUACUAGGCAACGAUGACUUGUCCUUGCCCAAGGCCACCGUCCAAAAAAUCGUCACCGAGAUUCUGCCGCCCUCAGCCGGCGUUGCCUUUGCCAAGGAGGCUCGUGACCUGCUUAUUGAGUGCUGCGUCGAGUUCAUCACCCUCAUCUCCUCGGAAGCCAACGAGAUCUCAGAGAAGGAGGCAAAGAAGACCAUCGCGUGCGACCACAUCACCAAGGCCCUCGAGCAACUGGGUUUUGCGGACUACGUCCCGGCUGUACUAGAGGCUGCCGCAGAGCAUAAAGAAGUGCAAAAGGGCCGUGAAAAGAAGGCAAACAAGUUCCAAAACAGCCAGAUCCCCCUUGAGGAGCUGGAGAGAAUGCAGAGAGAGGCGUUUGAGGAUGCCGCCAACCGCCACGCUUAGGCAAUAUCGGAAUGACGAAAAGAAUAGGAGUUGGCUGCGUUUGAUUCCGCAUUGUUUUGGAGUUUGGCGUUUAGGAUACACUGGGAGAGACAUGAUGAUUCAACAACGCU